CAGGGAUCCCAGGCCCCGCUCCUGGCACGGACCCGACGGAUCGCCCGGAGCGCCCUCCUGAAAUCCGCCCCCUACAGCAGCUGCUGCCGCAGGAAAGGGGCCCAGGGAAGCAGCUCCCGGGUUGGUCCCGCCCGGACGGUGCCGGAGCCGCUCCGGAAUGUGGGAGAAUCCCGGGAUGUGGGAGAAUCCCGAGGAUCCCCAGCCCUGCUGCUGGAACACGGGAGGACAGAUGUUCCGAAGGCUCCGACCCGGAAAGGAAAAUCCUGCCCCGUGUGGGACGAGCUGAGCCCGGAGCGGCGCCGGGUCCUGCGGCACCACCUGCACCUGCGCAGCUCCGGGUGGAUCCAGGAUCCCUGCGGGAAGUGGGUCAAGGACGGGAACGCAGAGUUCGACUCGGACGAGGAGGAGCCCCCGGAGCUGCCACCGACGUGACCCUCCCUGGGCCCAAAUCCCCCGUCCCCAAAACCCCAAACCCCCA